AUUGGAAGCCAACGCAUUGGUUGAUGAGAUGGAAUUCCAUGCCUGACAAGCGGUUUCUUGUUGUUGCGCUGUUGCGCCACAUCCAGAGGUUCAAUGUUUAGCUUACUCAUAUUAAUAUUUUAGUUGAGUGGCUGCUUUCGACGGAACUUGUUCUACUUUCUGUAAUAAACGGAAUUAUAAGCGACGAAGUGCUUUUAAAAUUCAAGGAAAAGUGUUUGAGUUGAACAGUUACAACUAUAAGAGGUGCAACUGAAAUCAAGAUAAAUAACUGUGUAAAUAAGUAAAUAGAAUUGGUAAAGUUUUUGAAGUGCCUAGUUCGGGGAAUUCGGAAAGUUCAUCUGAUGGAUUAUCGUUUGUUAUUGAAGAUUCUCUGCAUCUCGCUAAUCGCCGUUGACACUUCUGCGCAAACACCGAAUGAAUAUGGUGAAGAACCGCCCGAAGGAUACUACGCCUUUGUUGAAUCGCCGAAUUCUGUGCCGCCAAAAGUGCGGCCACCCCCCUAUACGCAUGUCAGUGUGGACUGCAAGAAUGUAGGUGGCAAUAAAAAGGCCGCUGUUUCGGUUAACAACAUUUGUGGUGAUCUAAACAAAGGACAAAUUCCACAAAAUCCAAUGAGACAGAAUGUUCUUGGCGAACCGUAUCCAUUUGAAUUGAUACGUAAUCAAACACUCAAGUUUUUAUCGAAAACACUGCCGGUGCUUAAAGCUGAUGAUACUUUGCCCAAGGUGACACAAAUUGUACGUGACGAACCAGUCGAUGCGGUGGAGAACAAUAAUAUCGAUCGUCACUAUAACGCACGAGCAAAACGCGCCACGCCCCCACAGCAACAAAGCCAGCCGCGAAUCGAGGGUCACGAAUUCAGUUAUUUCGACCCUGCUCUGGAUGAAGAACAACGUGCAAAUAGUCGUGCUACCGAAGAACGAAAACCACGCAAGUUCUGUGAUGGCGGUGGAGUCUUUUGUACUUUAUACCGCGCCAUCCAAGGCGAUACCUCGGCCACACCACAAGCCACAGCUGAACGUCGCGAGGAAAUCGGACCAAUACGUUAUGAGGGUCCACCCACACCCUGCCCUGCCAAGGUUGAAUACGCUACACCAGUGUUUGCGAAAAACUAUCAGGGCUUCUGGCGUUACGUAGUGCAAAUUCCAUAUGAGGGCUAUUUCACGCAAACCGUCGAAGUAACACGCUGCAUACAAGCACGCUGUCAUUAUUUGGACGGCGGUUGUCUAUCCUCACCACGUUGGGUAAGCCUACUUGUUGCUGAAAUUUUCUACCCGAAUGCUGAGGAGGCCGUGCCGACGACCUCAACAACCACGCAAGCACCAUCCGUACAAGACUUCCAAGCUUACCAGCAAUAUCUGCAGAAACGUGCCGGCGUAGCCACCGCCUCUGAUGGUACCAGUCCUAACAACGCCAACGCACCCGAAUACAAUCAACACUGCGAUGGGCAUGAUGAUAUCGGCUGUUUCCAAGUGCGUUUGUACUACGAUUGGUUCCUGAUUCCCGGCUCAUGCAAGUGCUGGCGCCCAGACUACUUUGCCAAAUAUGUGCGCAGAAAGUCUGUAGCGGAUUUGUAAAUGUCAAAUCAGCAGUGACGUAAAAUACUCACGUAUACGUUUUCUGUUUAAAAAAAAUCUCAAAAAGUCUCCAACAUGACUCCUACUUAUACUCCUGACUUCUAAUUUAACUUUUAAGCACAAAUGCGCCGCUUCGUUGCAUUAUGAGUUAGUUUAAUAUUAAGAAGCGAUUGGUGAAGCUUUCAUUCUAAAAUUCCAGCUCAAUACUAUCUACAUAGAUUAUAUCUCUCAGAUAAUAGGAGUUUUUAGAAUUUUAACUUCGCAGGUACUAAUACAUAUUCAAUACCGAAAUACUGACUAAUUAGUUUAAGCAUUUAUUUAAAACUCUAUAAGCUAGUGCUAGCGUUUACACAUAGCUCGCAACCGUUUAGGUCAAUAAAUGGAAAUCUGAAAGCUCAGUUUCGUGCGAUUUUAUCGCAAUCAUGUAUCUCUUUCUUUUUCACCUGAGCUUUCAAAGCGUAUUUCAAAAAGUACACCGUUUUUGGUAUUAUUUUGAAAAUUUUCCAGAAGUAUUUAAAUACUUAAAUAUAAAUAAUAAAUAACUUUAUCUUUAUCUGAUAUUCAUAUUAAUUAUAGAAAUAUAAAUACAACUAGUAUAAACAAAAA